AUGGAAAAUACUACAGAUCGUCCCUCAUCAGAGCUGGAUCACAUACCGACAUUAUGGCUGCUGACCGGGCUUGUCGUCUUCCCGUUCUUGACCUGGAAGCUGCUGGGUCUCCUUAGCCCUCUCAUCCACAACCUGACUGCCAUGCGCAUAUCCGAGAUUUAUGUAUAUCCGAUCAAGUCAUUGCGAGCAGUACCUCUCAAGGAGGCAGUUGCCACCAAGUAUGGCUUCGACCACGACCGAACGUUUAUGCUACUCAAGAAAAAGGAGGAUGGAACCUGUGAAAAUAUGACCAUUGGCCACUUCGCGGACAUGUCGCAAUUUAUACAAGAGUUCGAAAACUACGGCACAAACGACGCUACCAUCAAGGUCACCUACCGCGCAUAUGGCGACGAAGAGAAGGCCAAGACCAUCCGGAUCCCUCUCGUGCCUGACACCGAGAAGCUGGAAAACUUCCACGUAAAUAUGCACGGCAGUCCCACCGGCGCUUUCAAUAUGGGCGAGAAGUACAGUGAGUGGUUCACCGGCUGCUUCGGCUACAACGUGGUGCUCGUCUACAUCGGCGCCGAGAACAAGCGCCCCGUCAUCUUCGAAGACAUGCAACCCGUCAAGCCCGACCCUCUCACAGCAUUCUUCAAGACGAACAUCCCUUUCCUAGGCAAGCAGGUCGAAAAGCUCAUGGGCCUGCAAACCGAGCAAUGGCGCAUCAAGUUCCAAGACUGCGCCCCCUUCCUCAUCACCUCCAAGACCUCGCUCGACAAUGUAUCCUCGCGCCUUGACGGUGAGAAGAUGGACAUGGUCAAGUUCCGACCCAACAUCGUUAUUGAGGGUGCAACUGACCCGUGGGAAGAGGACUUCUGGGGUAAGAUCACAAUCAACCAGAAGACGGAGAUGAUCAUGGCGCAUAAUUGUGUGCGCUGCAAGAGUAUCAACCUUGACUAUAACACGGGAAAGCCUGGUGUCGGUCCAAGCGGAGAGGUGCUCAAGAGGUUGCAGAAGGAUAGGAGGAUUGACAUUGGUGCAAAGUGGAGUCCGGUGUUUGGACGGUAUACGUUCUGGGCGCCUGGUGCGCCGAAGAGCCAGACCAUCAAGGUAGGAGACAGGGUGAACGUCACGAAGGUCAACGAGGGAUUGACGAUCUGGAGCUGGCCUGGCCUGGGCUAA